AUGGACGCAUAUGACCUGCCGCAGCUGCUGCUGUCCGUGCUCAUGCCCCCUUAUCCGUGCCCAGCAGAGGAGCGAGUGGGCGCAUGGGGGGAUGGCGGGAAGGAGCGAGUGGGCGCCUGGGGGGAUGGCGGAAAGGUGAGUGAAUGGCUGGGUUGGGUUCUUUGGGUAACUCCCUCCUGCUCCCUCCUCUUCUCCCCUCCUCUUCUCCCCUCCACUGCUCCCCUCCUCUGCCCCCCUCCUCUGCUGCUGUUCGUGCUCGUGCCCGGCAGAGGAGCGAGUGGGCGCGUCGGGGGGUGGAGGAAAGCAGAGGAGCGAGUGGGCGCGUGGGGGGGUGGCGGGAAGGUGAGGGGAGCCUGGGGAGGGGGCGAGGGGAAGAUGGGGGGGAGGGAUAGUGGGAAGGUGAGUAGGAGAAGGAUGCGGCUGGAAGAAAAGGCAUUAUAA